GAUACAGAGAGAAGCAGAGAGAGACCUUCGAUAAAGUUUACGUCUUUUUUUUUUUUUAAACUCAUAUCUACUUGUUUACUUUCGUCUCGAAACUGAGUAUUUGCGGCGCUAUGGACGAGUUCGUUGCUCUCACGGAGCGUUACGGGUUAAAGCCUCGAGGAAAGUCAGCUCCAAUGGCUGCCUCGAAACGAUCUGAAUUCAACCUUAACAGUGUAAAGGCCUCUCCUUUCGAUCCAGGAGACGACGCCAACGCAGAGUUGACCUUGAACGAUUCAAAGUUUGACUUUUUGAAUCCUGGUGGUGGGUUUGACGAUUUCUUGGUGUUUGAUGAGUUGACUAGGUUAUCUAGUACCAAUGAUUCUGGUGAUGACUUACUGGGUGGUUUGACCGGACUUAGUCCAAAUGAAGAUGGUUUUGAUGAGUUGAUACCUGGAUUUGGUGGGAGUGGUCCGCUUAGUAACAAUGAGUUUCAAGAAACUGAAGCGGUUCAAGUAAAGAAGCAGCAGUUUGGUGUAUUAUAUGACCUUGACUCCCUUUUCAUCCCUGGGCCUCGGUCUAGCAGCGUACCAACGUAUUCAUGGGGAUCACCUGUUGCUUCAGCACAGUUCCUGGACGAGUUUUCACCACUUUUUGGAGAAUCUGAGGAACUUCCAGGGGAAAGUGACAAAAGAAGAGUAGCUAGAUGGGAGCGUGAACAACUAAUAAAGAAUCGAAUGGAGAAGGUUAUAGAUGAUAUGAAUAAACGUGAUCUUCAGAUUCAGAUUGAACAAGAAGAAAGGAGUAGGAUUUCUGAGACCCUAGACGCUGAGAUUAAGCUUUGGGCUACUGGUAAAGAAGGGAACCUACGUGCACUGAUAUCAUCAUUGCAUCUCGUACUUUGGCCUGGAUGUGGCUGGGAGGCUGUCUCUCUAACAGAUUUAAUCACUUCUUCAGCAGUCAAGAAAGUCUAUAAAAAGGCAAACCUCUAUGUCCAUCCUGAUAAAGUUCAGCAGAAAGGUGCUCAACAAAAGUAUAUCGCCGAGAAGGUCUUCACCAUCUUACAGGAAGCAUGGAACAAGUUCAACAAAGAGGAGCUAUCUUAAACACUCUGUGUGUGUGUGUGGUGUAUGUGUAUAUGUAGUUAUCUACACUUAAUUGUUUUGUCAAACCUCUUCUAUUAGUAUAUAUAUGAAUAUGGAGUAAGAUUA